AUGUCAUUCAGCAACGGAAAUAUGGCUUCCUACAUGACUAGUAGUAAUGGAGAGGAGCAAAGUAUAAACAACAAAAACGAUAUAGACGAUAACAGCGCUUACAGACGUAAUAAUUUCAGGAAUAGUAGCAAUUCAGGAUCACAUACGUUCCAAUUAUCGGACUUGGACUUAGAUGUGGAUAUGAGGAUGGAUUCCGCCAAUUCAUCGGAGAAAAUAUCAAAGAACCUUUCCUCUGGCAUCCCGGACUCAUUUGAUUCUAACGUGAACAGCUUGCUGUCUCCGUCAAGCGGUUCUUAUUCUGCAGAUUUGAAUUACCAAAGUCUAUACAAACCAGAUCUUCCACAGCAACAGUUACAACAGCAACAGUUACAACAGCAACAGCAACAGCAACAGCAACAACAACAGCAACAGCAGAAGCAAACACCAACUUUAAAAGUCGAACAAUCUGAUACAUUUCAGUGGGACGAUAUCUUAACACCUGCUGAUAAUCAACAUCGGCCAUCCCUCACAAACCAGUUUUUAUCUCCAAGAUCUAAUUACGAUGGUACCACUAGGAGCUCGGGCAUUGACUCCAAUUAUAGCGAUACAGAAUCAAACUAUCAUACGCCUUAUUUGUAUCCACAGGACUUAGUUUCUUCACCUGCGAUGUCUCACUUAACCGCGAAUAACGAUGAUUUUGACGAUCUUUUGAGCGUCGCAUCUAUGAACUCAAAUUAUUUACUGCCCGUAAAUUCACAUGGUUAUAAACAUAUUUCAAACCUUGAUGAGUUGGAUGACUUGCUAUCUUUAACAUAUUCAGACAAUAACCUUUUAUCAGCAUCAAACAACAGUGAUUUCAACAACAGUAAUAACGGAAUUAUUAAUACCGCUGACACUCAAAACAGUACCAUUGCCAUUAAUAAAAGUAAAGUCGGUACUAACCAAAAGAUGUUAUUGACUAUUCCAACUUCUUCCACACCUUCUCCUUCCACUCAUGCUGCCCCGGUAACACCCAUCAUUUCUAUACAGGAAUUCAAUGAGGGACACUUCCCAGUUAAAAACGAAGAUGACGGAACGUUACAACUAAAAGUUCGGGAUAACGAAAGUUAUAGCGCUACUAACAAUAACAAUCUACUUCGUCCAGAUGAUAAUGAUUACAACAACGAAGCUCUCAGUGAUAUUGACCGCUCCUUCGAAGAUAUCAUUAACGGUCGAAAAUUGAAACUUAAAAAAUCAAGAAGAAGAUCUUCUCAAACUUCCAAUAAUAGUUUCACUAGCAGGAGAUCCUCGAGAUCAAGAAGCAUAUCUCCCGAUGAAAAAGCUAAAUCUAUAAGUGCAAAUAGGGAAAAGUUAUUGGAGAUGGCAGAUCUUUUACCAUCCAGUGAAAAUGACAAUAAUCGGGAGCGCUAUGACAAUGAUAGCAAAACUAGCUAUAACACCAUUAACAGUAGCAAUUUUAAUGAGGAUAAUAAUAAUAACAAUUUGUUAACAAGUAAACCAAAAAUUGAAUCGGGCAUUGUCAAUAUUAAAAAUGAACUAGAUGACACUAGCAAAGAUCUUGGCAUACUUCUAGACAUAGAUAGCUUGGGCCAAUUUGAGCAGAAAGUUGGUUUCAAAAAUGAUGAUAAUCACGAAAAUAACGAUAAUGGCACAUUUUCUGUUAAGAAAAAUGACAAUCUAGAAAAACUAGACAGUGUAACAAAUAAUAGGAAAAAUCCUGCGAAUUUUGCUUGUGAUGUAUGUGGUAAGAAGUUUACAAGACCUUAUAACUUAAAGUCACACUUAAGAACGCAUACAAAUGAAAGGCCAUUUAUUUGUUCUAUUUGUGGUAAGGCGUUUGCACGUCAACAUGAUAGAAAGAGACACGAAGAUUUGCAUACAGGUAAGAAAAGGUAUGUAUGCGGUGGUAAGCUGAAGGACGGUAAACCCUGGGGUUGUGGCAAAAAGUUUGCAAGAAGUGAUGCUCUUGGUAGGCAUUUUAAAACUGAAAGUGGUAGAAGAUGCAUCACUCCCUUGUACGAAGAAGCCAGACAGGAGAAAUCGGGACAAGAGAGUUAA